GCUCCGCGGGGGAAGAGCGAGGCUGGCGCAGCGCCGAGGCCGCGGCCCUGGGGGCCCGCAAUCCGCGCCACGGAAUCCGCGAGUGAGCCGGAGUGAACGCAGCCACUGCCCAUCACAGACCGUGAAGAAGCUCCUAGAAGAACAGAGGCGCCGUCAGCAGCAGCCUGACGCUGGUGGGGCACCGGGACAGUUUCCAUGUCCCCUGGCCCAGUCCCUGACCCCAUCUGUGAAUGAGAGUGAGGCUGGCCAUUCUCGCUUCCCAGUACACCAAGAGACUGUGGGUUCUGGACUUGGCAGCCUGGCUCCCACCACGGGCUUUCCAGACUGGGACCCCAACACGCAUGCUGCCUACACAGACAGCCCCUACUCUUACCCUGCUUCUGCUGCUGAAGGCUUCCCGACUCCUGACUUCUACCCACCCUCCGACUCAGGGCGGCAGUGUCCAUUUUCUGUGGGGAUGGAGGACCCUCUAGAUACCCGGCUGUAUGGAGAACCUUCCCUGCCACAGGCAGGAUCCUGGAGAGGUUCUGGACUCCCCUUAGGACCCCCACAGUUGCCCCCCGUGGCCACCGGGCCAUCCCUGGACACAGCCCGUGCUCACAUGCUGGCUCUGGGGCCACAGCAGCUGCUGGCCCAGGAUGAGGAGGGAGACACGCUCCUGCACCUGUUUGCGGCUCGGGGGCUACGCUGGGCAGCGUAUGCUGCAGCUGAGAUGCUCCAAAUGUAUAGACAUCUGGACAUUCGUGAGCAUAAGGGCAAGACCCCUCUCCUGGUGGCUGCUGCCGCCAACCAGCCCCUGAUUGUGGAGGACCUGCUGAACCUUGGAGCAGAGCCCAAUGCCACUGAUCAUCAGGGACGUUCUGUCUUGCAUGUGGCUGCUACCUAUGGGCUCCCAGGAGUCCUCUCGGCCGUGAUUAACUCGGGGGUUCAGGUUGACCUAGAAGCCAGAGACUUCGAGGGCCUCACCCCUCUCCACACAGCCAUCCUGGCCCUCAACAUGGCUAUGCACCCACCUGACCUAUGUUCCCGGGUGCUGAGCACCCAGGCCCGAGACAGGCUGGCUUGUGUCCAGAUGUUGCUGCACAUGGGUGCUGAUCACACCAGCCAGGAGAUCAAGAGCAAUAAGACCGUUCUGCAUCUGGCUGUGCAGGCCGCCAAUCCUACCCUGGUUCAGCUGCUGCUUGAGUUGCCGCGGGGAGACUUGCGGGCCUUUGUCAACAUGAAGGCCCAUGGGAACACAGCCCUCCACAUGGCGGCUGCCCUGCCCCCUGGACCACCCCAGGAGGCCAUCGUGCGGCGCCUGCUGGCAGCUGGGGCGGAUCCAACAUUGCGAAACCUGGAGAACGAGCAGCCUGUCCACCUGCUGCGGCCUGGGCCGGGCCCCGAGGGGCUCCGACAGCUGUUGAAGAGGAGCCGUGUGGCACCCCCAGGCCUGUCCUCUUAGGACUCAAACCCAGAACCUGGACUGAUUUUCCAGUCCCCACCGUCCUGUGGGACAGCCAGCGUAUGCUAAUGUUGCAAAUCCAUGAUAAUGUAUGUGGAAUGUCCUGCCAUCAGGGUCUUACAUUAAAACCCCAAAAUGGCUGCCCGGGGGGGGUAAACGAUCCCCAAUAUUUGGGGUGGUGUAAUACCCCUCCCCUACCCACAAGGAGCCCUCUUGAUGAUUUCUGUGAAAUCGAGGCCCCUUGAUUGUUUCUGUGAAACACCCUAGACCCCUAACCCUUCCUCCAUGGGGAUCUUCUGGGACCCCCUCCCCUACUCAAGUUCAGUUCAACUCACCUAGAAUCCCAGAUGUGAUUUCCCUACACAGUACUUGGGGUACCCCCAGAAUAGCUCCCACUGUCAUCUGGUAGAGUUCCUGAGAUGACUCCCCAAACCCACACCAUUCAGGUCCUUACCCCUGAGACAUAGGAAGGACUCUUCCUAGAUUGGAGUUCCCUAGGUCCUGUGCUUUCUAAUUCAGAACUCAACUGGCAAGGCCCCUAUCCCAGAUCUCCGCAUUUCCGGUGAAUCCCUCCCCUAUUUGAAAUGCCUUAUUAAACUCAGUUU